AUGGCCAACCGCGUGCUUGAAAUGCUAGCACCCCUGCACUUUGUGCUGACCCUGUCUCCUCUGCAUGUAAAGAUCGCGCUGAUUGUGGGCUUUCUAGUGCUAUCUCGUCUGGCACUGCAGCUGCUGACGUCGCUCUACGCGUUCUUCCUCCGUCCAGCCAAGAACCUCAAGAGCUUUGGUCAAUGGGGCGUGGUCACGGGCGCCACAGACGGUAUCGGUAAGGCGCUGGCCAUGGAGUUAGCGCGCAAGGGAAUGAAUGUGGUACUGAUAAGUCGCACGCAGAGUCGUCUAGAGGAAGCACGUGCCGAGAUAUUGGCCAAGUAUCCCAAGGUACAAGUGGAGAUCUUGGCCGUGGACUUUAACCGUGUGGACGAGCCGAGCGUGCGUGAGGCACUGCAGAAGACACUUGACAAGGUCCAAGAUGUUGGUGUCCUUUUCAACAACGUGGGCGUAUCGUAUGACUUUCCUGAAUACUUUGAUCGGCUGCCAGAAGACCGCGUGGACAGCCUCAUUAAACUUAAUGUGACCGCGGCUACAAUCAUGUCCAAAAUGGUGCUUCCAGGCAUGACACAACGCAAACGCGGCGUAAUCGUGAACGUCAGCUCUGGAUCGGGUCGUAUGGUUGUGCCACUGCUUAGCGAGUACAGUGCUACUAAGAAGUACAUUGAGCAGCUCACGCUGUGCCUCGCGGCUGAGUACAGCGCCAAGAACGUGCACAUCCAGUGCCACGUGCCCAUGUUUGUGUCCACCAAGCUGGCCAAAAUUCGCCACGCGAGCUUCAUGGUUCCGUCCCCUGCGACGUACGCUCGCGCAUCGGUUGCUCAUUUAGGCUACGACACGCUCGUGUCACCCUAUUGGCCACAUGCUCUGCAGAUUUGGCUGUACGAAAGCGCGCCUACGUGGCUACUGAGCAAGGGCGCCAUGAUGACCCACCUGUCGCUGCGUAAGCGCGCCCUCAAGAAGCUCGAGGCGAAGAAGAACCAAUAG